GUCUCACCAAGUGACAAGAGUGUUAGAUAUGAUGAGGCAAAUUCCUUUUCAGAAGACGUUGAUACUGUAACUGUAGCCAUUACUUCCAAUGAUUUAUUUGUUAUGAUAAGGGUUGAUCCUUGAGAAGGCCAUCGUUUUCAACAACUUUUUUUUUUGUUUUUGUUUUUGUUUUUGGGUUUCAACAUUUUGGAGCUCUAGAUAAUUGAUCAUGAGAAGAAGGCACAUCUUAGAUUCAUGACUUCAAAUACAGCGAUGAUACCAUCAUUCACCCCCUCAAUGAAUCCGUCUACCAAGGGAACGGAUCAUGGAGUAGAGGAUGGUGUCACUGGAGAGAAGUUACUGUUUUUUAACUAUCACGAAUACUCAGUAAAGAAUUACAGGCUAAUUGGGGAGAACACGGAGGACUUCCAUGAACAAGCACUCAUAAUCACACAUUUUCCCAAUUUUCACGUUCCAAGAGAUUCAAACACCUUUGAAGGUACAAGGAUAGUACGAAUAUCAAGGUAUUUCAAAGGGGUGGGCGUAUUCGUUCCACAGUUCUCACCUUACUUACCAGGAACUGAACCUGCAGCCAUCUUUGGGGAUGAUGACACGAAUGCCAAAUUUAUAGUACAGGGGGAAUAUAUGGGACAGUUCUUUGGCACAUCAUCAUAUAGCCCACUGUCUGAAUAUCUAACAGAGAAAGAAUUCAGAGAAAUUGUGGAGGAGAUCAACGUACAAUUGAGAGACGCGUACAACUCCUGGUCUCUCAUUAACCUUCUACUGUUCGUAUUGGAUUUGUUGUCUUUCUGGAUAAUGAGUGACUUAAUACAUUCUCUCUCUAAAAGGAAACUAGAUGCACUGUUCAAUUUCAUUGAUACGAGAAACAAAUCGUUAGAAAAAAGAGGAAUCAAAAUUAUCAGUCCCAGGGAUUCAGGGUUUCUAUCUGUAUGUAUUGUAUCAACGGUAAAAACUUAAGAUAUUACUAACACAGGAAUUAGCUGGAUUUUCAAGUUCCACGUCCAGGCAAUUCAUGAUUCAAUGGUCUAAAGUGUUAGGCAUGUUGAACAGGCGAUUCCGCCCACUUUUGUGGAG